ACUUCUGGGCAUUUGCAUAUACAUAUUACCAGAUUACAACAAUAACAAACAGCGAGAACAGCGCGUUUUUUGUGGGCUCCUACGCUUUUUUAAUGAUGUUAAGUGGCGAAUCGAAUGUACCGUCAUUUGGAAGCAAAAAGACGCUACAAAAAAAUAACAACCUUGAUUUAAAUCCAAACAAAAAAAUUAAAACCUUACAUGAGUUAUUUCUGGAAAUACUAGAUGCAGCGUUAUCAUGUGCUAUAGUGGCACCUUGCGUAAUCGCAUAUUGGCGCGGAACCUGGGAACUAAUGGGAGUCUUAUUGUUCCCACGAAGUAUGCCACUCUCCGCGUUAAUGUCUUUUUUAAUCGGCGGUUUUGGGCACUUUAUCUUCACAAUUACGCAAUCUUAUUUUCGAAGCUACAUCAACCCUGAUAAGCGCCGAUUAACCUAUUAUGUAAUAUCACGCAGUUACACAGCUAUAUUUGGCAUAGUAUGUGUGAAUAUGUGGCGAGGUUCUUGGAUACUUUGCGAUUGGCUCACCAGCGCAGACUCACUAAUAAUAAUUGCCGCUGUUACACUGAUAUGUAUGAUGUUUUUGGUUGCAACACGCACGGUUCGAAAUCUGAGUGCUGCCCCUUAUGCAGUUGCAAUGGAUCAUAAAAGUGACUAUUUCGAUGUCGACACCAUGUUUAAAAUACCGGGUUUCCAUCAGCCUGGUUUAUAUGUACUAGAUACUCUUUUCUCCGUUCUUGUAAUCGGGACAUUAGUUGUCAUAGUGUGGAGAGGAGUAUGGGGUAUAAUGGAUAUAACAUUUUACCCUUUCGACAGAAAAAAAUCAUCUUGGAGCUCAUUGAUUCUUGGCUACACAACUGUAUUCAUCACAUUUGUAAUUAAACCAAUUAUACGUUUCGUUUGCAAAAAAAUUGACGGUAUCUUAAAAUUGAUCAUUUGCGACAUGUUCUAUUUCUUAAUUUUUUUCGGGGCUGUAAAUGCGUGGCGAGGAAUUUGGAACCUUCUAGACAUAUACCUAUACCCAGAUAAUAAAAUACUAAGCUACUGGUUAACGCAUGUUAUACCAUUCCUCGUACUAGCUGCUCUAAAAUGUUCCAAUUCUGUAUUAGUUCGAGGCGUCUUCAUUGAUGCGGAAGGUACACCCGAUGAAUGUGUUGAAAUACCGAUUAAUUACGUAAAACUACAUUUUCAACGAGAACGCAAUAAGAAAUCCAUUUGUAUGUGCCAUCAGAAUAACAUCGCGAAAAAAAUAGAUAAGGAUGCUCAAAUAAACUUAAUCGAGAAGUCUGAGAAAGUGGAUAUCAGGAUACAAACUGGCAGGGAAGCAACACGGAUUGUAUGAUUAAUAUGAAAACAUUAAGUAAAGUAAAGUAUUUAUAUUUGUAUGUAUUCGGUUUAAAUUAAAAUUUGUCAUAUAUUAAAGUUUAACCAAAUGAAGUAAGAAUCCCUGCUGCAAUGAGAAAAA